AAUAAUUCUUCAUCUCAAUUCCAACUUUAUACGAAUAUCACCAUAUAAUAGGGUAGCCAUAGCAAACCCGAUUUUUUUUUCAUUUUCCACUGUCAUCGUCGAUAAUAUCAUAGGCAUACUUCCUUGACCGCACAUUCCAUAAAACCGUCAACAUGUUGUGCAACCGCUGCUGUCGUCUCGUUACAAUAUCUCCUAAACGAAGCUCUGCCAUAUUAUCGCAUCACGCCCGACCUAUACAUAUAUCACCAGUACAAGCUCAAACUCAAAUAAGAGCAUUGGUUCAGCCAGCCAUAAGGAACUCUUUCAAAGCUCGAGGCGCCAUUGCCCGACACUACUCCACCCCUUCCGGCUCUACGGCAGCAAGCUCAGCCGACGUUCCACCAGCACAACCAUCUGGCCCCGAGAAACCAGAUUACCUCGACGACGCUGAAUCCGCGAUAUGGGACAAGCUGACAGCCGAGUUCGAACCGACGGAGCUCAUGGUUCAGGAUAUAUCCGGCGGUUGCGGGUCCAUGUAUGGGAUCGAGAUCGCAUCAGAGAAAUUUCGAGGUGUCAACAUGUUGAAGCAGCAGAGGAUGGUUAAUGCCGUAUUAGGCGAUCAGAUGAAAGGCUGGCACGGCGUCCAAUUGCGUACAAAGGUUCCUUGAUUCGAAUGCUAAGAAGAAGAGAAAACCCGAGGGCUUGCGAAAGUUACGGUUUUAAGCUGUGUAGUUGCAGUUGAUGGGGCCAAGCCACGCGGCUUAGGAGGCGUCUGAUAUCAGAUACCUAGGUCUACGACGGAGGUUUCGUACAUAUCUCGGAUACUGGCGGCUUGAUCGAUUCGACCUCUCGUAUUCAAUCCAAACUCGCACAUUGUUGAUGAUAUCGUAAUAUUACAGAAACAAUACCUAAUACUUGCUCGAAUAAGUAAACCUACGACCAUGUAAAACU